UCUUUCUAUGCUGCCAUCUUCCCAGAAUCGCCAGUAUGCAUUUACAUUUAUCAUGAACUGUUUAUUUUUCCUAAUUGCUUACAUAUACUUGAAUUUUUUUUCUCUUUUAAGCACUUGGGUGUAUUUUUUCAAUGUUGUCUCUUUAUAAAAUUGUAUUUAUUGUGACCAUAAUACAUGAAAGUGAAGUUGUGAGUCAAGCGUAUUUUAAAAUAUAAGGUCAAUCUGCAUGUCAUGAAAAUUUUAAUGAUUGCAUUAAAAUUUACCCAAAUGUAAUUUUGCUCUCUCCUUUUCUAUUUUCUUGAAGAUUAGUUAGUAACACUGGAUAUGCUGCUGUUCUUUAUUUUGGGAUUGUUCGUACAUUUUGUGUUCUUCACCUCUAUCUUUGACGUUUAUUUUACGUCUCCUUUGGUUCAUGGGAUGACUCCUCAGUUUACACCAUUGCCUCCUCCUGCAAAAAGAUUAGUGCUAUUUGUUGCUGAUGGCCUGCGAGCAGAUACACUUUAUGAAUUAGAUGAAAAUGGAAAUUCAAGAGCACCAUUUAUUAGGAAUAUCAUAAUGCAUGAAGGCAGCUGGGGGAUAUCUCAUACACACGUGCCAACGGAAUCUAGGACAGGUCAUGUAGCCCUGAUAGCGGGGUUUUAUGAAGAUGUCAGUGCAGUUGCCAAAGGAUGGAAGGAAAAUCCUGUAGAGUUUGAUUCUCUUUUUAACGAAAGCAAGUAUACAUGGAGCUGGGGAAGCCCAGAUAUCUUACCUAUGUUUUCCAAAGGUGCUAGUGGGGACCAUGUUUAUACAUAUAGUUAUGGUGCUGAAAUAGAGGAUUUUGGUUCCCAUGAUGCAACAAAACUGGAUACCUGGGUUUUUGAUAAUGUUAAGGACUUCUUUCAUGCUGCCAGAAACAACCAGUCUUUGUUUUCUAAGAUAAAUGAAGAGAAGAUAGUUUUUUUCUUGCAUUUAUUAGGAAUAGAUACAAACGGACAUGCUCACCGACCAUCAUCAAGGGAAUACAAGGACAAUAUUAAAAAAGUUGAUAACGGAGUGAAAGAAAUUGUGUUCCUAUUUAAACAUUUUUAUGGAAAUGAUGGGAAAACAACAUUUAUCUUUACCUCUGAUCAUGGAAUGACCGACUGGGGUUCCCAUGGGGCUGGUCAUCCUUCAGAGACUUUAACUCCUUUAGUCACUUGGGGAGCUGGAAUCAAAUAUCCCCAGAAAGUAUCAGCUCAACUGUUCGAUGAUGCAUUUUUGAAAGAAUGGAAAUUGGAGAACUGGAAGAGACAAGAUGUCAAUCAGGCUGAUAUUGCACCAUUGAUGGCUUCUCUUAUUGGAGUUCCCUUUCCCCUUAAUUCAGUGGGAACCCUACCUGUGGAUUAUCUUAACAACACUGAUCUCUUCAAAGCAGAGAGCAUGUUUGCAAAUGCAGGGCAGAUUCUUGAACAGUUUAAGGUGAAAAUGGCUCAGAAAAAAGAAGUUACUCUACCAUUUUUGUUUACACCUUUUAAGUUACUUACUGAUUCUAAGCAGCUCAACAUUUUAAGGAAAGCAAGAUCUUUUGUAAAACAGAGAAAGUAUGAUGAAGUAGUCUCCAUUUGCAAGGAGCUGAUUCGCCUUGCAUUGAAAGGAUUGUCCUAUUAUCACACUUACGACAGACUCUUUUUGGGCGUCAGUGUUGUUCUUGGUUUUGUGGGAUGGACAUCUUAUGCUUCUUUAUUGAUCAUCAAGUCUCAUUUUCACCUUACGAGAGGUGUUAGUAAAGAACUAAAGAAACCAAGCCAUCUCAUGCCAUGUAGUUUUGUAGCUAUUGGCAUUUUGGUAGCAUUUUUCCUGCUGAUUCAAGCCUGCCCCUGGACUUAUUAUGUAUAUUGUUUGUUGCCAGUGCCAAUAUGGUAUGCAGUUCUAAGAGAAUUUCAAGUUAUUCAAGAUCUUGUCACAUCACUGUUGACCUUUCCUCUGAGUCAUUUUGCUAGCUACCUGUUGGUCUUUGCUCUGGGAAUUGAAGUAUUGGUUCUCAGUUUUUCCUACCGCUAUAUGCUUACAGCUGGACUUGUUGCAUUUGCGGGUUGGCCAUUUUUCACUCAGCUGUGGACUCGAGCAAGGGUCACCUCAGUGAGUUGGAUCUUCUUCUGUUUGCUUCUGGCAGUUUUCCCACUGAUGCCUGUUAUAGGACGAAAGCCAGAUAUAUCUCUAGUAAUGGGAGCAGGCUCGCUGGUUCUUCUGCUAUCCCUGUUUGUCAUAAAAUCUCUCAUAAAAAGAAAAGAAAGUUUUAUGAAUGAAGAGCUAUUGAUACAUCUAUUUCAGCUGCUGAGCAUAGUGCUCUCCAUGUAUGUUGUAUAUAGCACCCAUCGCAGUCUGCUCAGGAAACAAGGACUGCCUCUUAUGAAUCAGAUUGUUAGCUGGACAAUACUAGCAUCUUCCUUCGUUGUGCCACUGCUGAGUCCCAUGAUUCUCUUUCAGCGAUUGUUUAGCAUACUUCUUUCUUUGAUGUCAACCUACCUACUUCUAAGCACAGGGUAUGAAGCUCUCUUUCCAUUAGUACUGUCAUGCUUGAUGUUUGCCUGGAUACACAUGGAACAAGAAAUCCUACAACAAUCUAACAUUUCCUUUAAACAGAAGCUCACCAGUAUCACAUUUUCCUGUAAUUCUGAUAUAACACAAUUUCGACAGCUCUAUCUGGAUGACAUCCGAAGGGCCUUUUUCUUUCCUACCUCUGUCUCUUGCUUUCUGACUGUGUUCAGUCCUUUUAUGAUGGGAGCUCUCAUGAUGUGGAAGAUUUUAAUCCCAUUUGUUCUUGUGAUGUGUGCUUUUGAAGCAGUUCAGUUAACUACCCAGUUAUCCUCAAAAAGCCUUUUUCUCAUUGUUCUCGUCAUAUCGGAUAUAAUGGCUCUGCAUUUUUUCUUCUUGGUCAAGGAUUAUGGCAGCUGGCUUGAUAUUGGAACAAGCAUCAGUCACUAUGUGAUUGUCAUGUCCAUGACCAUCUUUCUGGUGUUUCUCAGUGGCCUGGCACAGCUGCUCACGACAAAGAAGCUCAAACUCUGUGGCAAACCAAAAAGCCAUCUCAUGUGAUAUUGCUGAAGCCACCAUUCAGCAUCUGGAUCCAGUUUCUUAUUCUUUUAAACACUGGCAUGCCCUAAAUCCCAUCAAGAAUUCAAUAAAAAGAUGGAUAUUGAUGUAUAGCAUAUUCAACUCCUGUAAAGGAAAUUAUAUUUGGACUUCUGGAUUUACAGAUUAUCUGGAAUAAAAGAGUUUCCUUUUCCUUU